GAAAAGUGAAAAAUGGACUAUUAUUAAUUUUUAUAUAAUUUAAUUUACCUGUAUUUUGCAGUUUAAAAAAAAUCGGAUGUAGUGCACUAUGUUGAAUGUUUAUUUUAAAAGUUUGCUUAGUAAAACACUUUAAAUACAUUAAAUAUUUUUUUAAAAUCUGCCUAAAUGUAUUUAAAAGGGGAUUUGUAGUUCGUGAAUCUGGAACAUAGCUGUUAAGACGCAUUCCUUUGAUUUUGUGAAAAUUUGGUAACCCGGAAAUGAUAACUUGUGACAACCAAUCAAAAGUCUGAAAGCUUGACGUACCCGGAAAUGGAGUGUCGCGACUAAAAAAUGCCGGGAAACCACUUUCGUCAACACUGAUUUAGAAUUGGUUUAACAAACUAAAGAGUUUCCUCAAAAUUGGCAAAAAAAAAAACGGAUAUUCUGGAGUAACCAUGGAUGAAUAUGACGUGUUUGAGAUUGAGGACAAUUUUGAGGACCAGUUUGCCGACGAGUUGGAUGCUUUGGCUCAGUUGGAAGAGGAAUAUUCCAAGCCUGCGAAGCGUCAAAGGCAGAGUGCAAAUGAUGACGCUUCCCCCUUGGAAUACCAGCAGGUGCCUGAUCAGAUAAUCACUCCUACGGCAAAGCGUCAGAAGCAGGACGCCAGUGUGGUCAAGCGACUUUUUACGUCUGCGCCGAGUGAUGACAUCACCCCGCCGUCCUCUCCGGAACACUAUGGAGCACCUCCUACAGUCGGACAUCCUCGUCCUCAUUUGGGUCGCGGAACGUCCUCAGCUGCAGCUCCAGAUAUCAGCAGCUUUGCAACAAGAACAGAGUCUCCGCAGCCACCUGCUGCUGUGGCGACGCAGUCACGUGUGAUGAGGAGACCCCCAUUACAAGGGGACUACAUCACCGUCACGGACUCUUCGGGGAGUCGCAUCUACCUCCGCCAAAAGGACACCGAAGCACAAAAGGCUGCAGACUGCAGAAUGCUACCCAAUUCCCAGGGUUCUUUGGGGCUGCUCGCUGUGCCAAUAAGUGUCCUGAGAGAGCAAGAGGCAGACAGACGCCACCAGCAGGUCGUAGAAGAGUCACAGCGCCUCGCAGAGUUAUUAACCAGCAGCGUGAAUGACAUAUUGGUUGAGCCUGAAGGUGGCGAGACGGAAGACGGGGACCCGGAAGAUUCUGAGGGCCAAAGCUUUCGACUGUGGGUCGAUAGAUAUUCUCCUCGCCACUACACUGAGCUCCUCAGCGAUGAUUUUACCAACCGUUGUCUGCUGAAGUGGCUGAAGCUUUGGGACACUGUGGUGUUUGGAAAAGAGAGGGCGUCUCGCCCUGCGUGGCCCAACAGACAAGCCCCGACGCAAACCUCGUUUAAAUCCCAUCAAGCCAAUCAGAAUCCAAAUCGCUUCAAAACCAAGAUGGAGAUGACUGAGGAGAUACUGGAGGCCGAACUGGAUCCACACAAGCGGCCCAAAUUUAAGGUGGCGCUGUUGUCUGGUCCUCCAGGUUUGGGAAAGACCACCUUGGCUCAUGUGAUUGCCAAGCACGCUGGCUACAAUGUAGUGGAAAUCAACGCAAGUGACGAUCGCAGCGCUGAAGUGUUCCAGAAACGCAUCGACACGGCUACGCAGAUGAAAUCCGUUUUAGGAGCCGACGAGCGACCAAACUGCCUCGUUAUUGACGAAAUUGACGGCGCCCCGGCAGCUACGAUCAACGUGCUGUUGGCGACCCUGAACAGAAAAGACGGACACGGCAGUGAGGCUGGUGCCGACUCCACGAAAAAGAAGAAAAAGAAGGAGUCCAUUCUAAUGCGACCAAUCAUCUGCAUCUGCAACGAUCUUUACGUUCCAGCUCUCAGACCGCUGAGGCAGCAGGCCUUCCUCCUGACGUUCCCCCAAACUCAGCCAACCCGUCUGGCUCAGAGACUGGCAGAGAUCUCUCUCCGUCAGGGGAUGAAGGCCGACACCGGCGCGCUGAUGCUACUUUGUGAGAAAACCGACAAUGACAUCAGGUCUUGCAUCAACACCCUCCAGUUCCUUUUCAGCCGAGGUCACAAGCAGCUCAACACCAGGACUAUCCAGUGCAUGUCUGUGGGCCAGAAGGACCAAAACAAAGGACUCUUCCAUCUGUGGCAGGAGAUCUUCCAGUUACCACGCAGUAAACGGAAACGCAUUGGUGAGAGUUUUGGGGAAGUCCGUGGUUCCGGAGGCGGCGGUCAGAGGUUCCAGCACAUUCUUGACUUGGCCACAUCUAGUGGAGAAUAUGAAAAAGUUUCUCAGGGCCUGCACGACAACUAUUUGUCCAUGAGGGUCCGAGAUCCCAACCUGCAGAACGUGUGCGACGCGCUGGACUGGAUAUGCUUUUCUGACCGGCUCAACCAAGUCAUCAUGCACGGGCAGAACUUUACCCUCAUGAAGUACCUCCCCUUCCUGUCCGUUGCUUAUCACUUCCUGUUUGCGCACACGCACGUUCCGCGGAUCAACUAUCCGCACACCCAGCAUGAGCUGACUUCUCAACUCCAGAGCAGCAGGAAUGCUCUGUCCACCAUGCUGUCCGACAUCCCGGCCAGGAUCAGGACCAGGAUCAGCCAACUUAACCUCGCCCUGGACAUUCUCACGCUGCUCCUCGAUAUCAUCUCUCCCAAACUCCGCCCCGUGAACCCGCAGCUGUUCAGUCGCAGAGAGAAAGAGCAGAUGUGCGAGCUAAUCGACACCAUGUUGGCGUACAAUCUCUCGUACCGGCAGGACCGCACACCCGAGGGGCAAUACACGUACAUCCUGGAGCCGCGUGUGGAGGAGGUGGUGAGGUUUUCGGGCCUGCCUCCGCGGCGCCAGUUGACCUAUCAGGCAAAACAAACCAUCAGCAGAGAGAUGGAGCAGGAGAAGAUGAGGAGGGCCGAGCAACUCAUGUUACAGCGCAACCCUAUUACGAAAGAGGUGGAGAAGGUGUGCGCUGCUCCUAAACCCAUCAGGAACCAUCAUCAGAGGUUGGAAAAUAUUGUCAGACAAACCACAGUGGAGCCCAGGCAAGAGGUGGACUUUUUCGGCCGCGCCGUUGCACCGAAACAGACGACCGCACCAUCGUCCUCGGACGCAGUACAAAAGUGUGCCGUCCUCGCCAUGGGGAAGGCGGUGGGCAACAGCGACGUGUGGUUCCGCUUCAACGAAGGCAUGUCCAACGCCGUGCGGCGGAACGUUUACAUCCGGGAACUCCUGUGAAUCCAACGCACCUCGCAACCGAAAGCACAGAAUUUGCGUUUGGUCAUCAGAGGAUCACGCACUUCCCCUUCUCCACCCAAGGAUUUGCUCUCAUCAGCUCAGGGUUCAGGAACGGAUCCUCGCAAACGCAGCCCUCGAUCCACUUCACCAGCCUAAAGGAAAACACGCACUGG